AUCCACUUAUUAAUUGGUACGAAAUUAUAAAAACUUCUAAUGAUUUUAUUGUCCAAUUGAUAUAGGCAGGUGGUUUAUUCUUUUUUUUUUUAUUUUUUUUACUUGUUGUCACAUGAAUUCGACAAAGAAAAUGAUAUUUUUCAAGUUAACUAAGUCAUGUCUUUGCAAUAUGAAACAAUAUUAACGAAAGUGAUGUAUAUGUAAUUUGAGAACUACAACAACUAUUGAUAUACUAAGUGGCAAUAAUGUAAUUUCAAAGAAUCAUAAGCCCCAAUCCGGAAAAAAAUAAAUAUGUAUAUUAGAAAAAAAAAACAAACUCUAAUCAAACCAUCCCUUGACACCUACUCCUCCUUUAUAAAUGAUAAGUCCUCUGCUUCUCCCAACACAACUUCUCUUAUUGCAGAAAAAGUGAGACAAAAAAACAACACCAAUCUAUUGAAUCUAAGAGAGAGAAGAAGAAACAUGAAUAACCAGAAUGUAGAUGAUCAUAAUCUUCUACUCAUUUCUCAGUUGUACCCUAAUGUCUAUACUCCAUUAGUACCACAACAAGCAGGAGAAGCAAAACCAGCGCGGCGGAGGAAAAGGAAGAGCAAGAGUGUUGCGAUGGCAGAGGAGGGUGGAGCCGGAGGCAAUGGGUGGUUUAGAAAGAGAAAAUUGAGUGAUGAGCAAGUAAGAAUGUUGGAGAUUAGCUUUGAAGAUGAUCAAAAGCUUGAAUCGGAGAGGAAAGAUCGGCUUGCUUCGGAGUUAGGGCUUGACCCUCGUCAAGUCGCCGUCUGGUUCCAGAACCGCCGUGCACGGUUUAAGAACAAGAGAGUUGAGGAUGAAUACACUAAAAUCAAAAACGCAUAUGAAACCACCGUCGUUGAGAAGUGUCGUCUUGAUUCUGAGGUUCUUCACCUUAAGGAACAACUUUACGAGGCUGAAAGAGAGAUCCAACGGCUUGCACAAAGAGUUGAAGGAACUUUAAGUAACAGUCCCAUCUCAUCCUUUGUGACCAUUGAAGCCAAUCAUACGACACCGUUUUUUGGAGAUUACGACAUCGGAUUUGACGGUGAGGGUGACGAGAACUUGCUCUACUCGCCAGAUUACAUUGAUGGAUUAGAAUGGAUGAGCCAAUUUAUGUAAGAAGUUACUAGCUAAUUUAUUAUUAAUCGUAGUAUAGUAUAAUAUAUAGGGGUUAUUGUGAUAAUUAGUUUAAUUUAUAAUUGGUCGGUAUCUACAAUGAAGCAGAAUGUAGAUAAAAUUAUGGGUCUAUUCGCUAGUGUAAUAUUGUGGAUAUCUUUCUCGUAGCAUCGAUUAUUUAGGUCGAUGGAGGUCAAGUUUGGACAAAAGAGAAUGUAUAUAUCUGUCAAUUAUAAGUAAAUUGUGUUUUUUCUCUAUUGAUCUAAUUAUAUGCUUUUAAACUCAACUAUAUAUGUAUGUGAAUGUCAUAGCUUAAAUUGUAACUACAUUCACACCGUUAAACAUAUCUACGAAAUUUAAUACCCGUAUAACCAAAAAUUUAAACUAACAAGAUAGAAUUUAAAAGUUGUAUAUGUUGCAAACAUGCUACAAUCAAUAAACAAACCGUAUAACCAGUUUGAGAAUGAAUUUUGACAAAUUUUCUAUGAAAAAUAUUCUUAUUAAUCCUUUUUUUUCUCAUGUGAAUAAUAUAGAUUAUUGAUGGAAAUUUAGCUAAGCAUUAAGGAUUGCGUUUCUUUGUCACAUAUUUUUAAAUUAUGGGGACGAAUGUGUUUUUAUUUGCAGUGAACAACUUCAUUGGCAAAUUUACGUAUCAUACGUUAUAGUAAUUGAUACUGUGAUACGUAUAUAAGGAGUAGUACGGUUUAGAAUACGGACCAUUGGAAUCUAUAGCCUGAUAGAAUCUAAAGUAUGUCUUCUGGUCAGAUUGCUAAGUACGUGUUUCAACAUGGACGAUGGACAUAUGCAUUUUUAUAAAAAUAAAGCAUGUUAUAUGAUAUGAGCUAUAUAAACCAUGGGGUUUCUUUAAGGACUUUUUAUCAUGCACAUUUAAUUGCAUGGUGGAAAAUAAACGGCUAAUGGUAUACAAACACAGACAAAACGACGAUAAAACUUUAAAUGUUGAAGGAUAAGAUUUUGCCUAAAAUUUAAAAA